GGGGUGUCCGGGUUGGCUCCCCCCUCCCCCGCCCCGGGCUCUGCGCGCCGAGGCUGGGGAUGGGCCCUUCCCGGGGGUGGCCUCUGCCAGGGGUGGGCCCGGACCUCGCACCCCGCCGAACUACCCUCUGCCCUGCCGUGGCGCCCCGACGGCCGUGGGAGCGGGGGCCGCUCAAAGCAUGAUCCGCUGGGCCCCCAGCGCAUCGCCUGGAAGAGCCCACUUAACUUGGACGAAGCUGUCGGCCACCUCAGACCGCCCUUGAGGAGGAUGACUGAGACACUAUGGGCCACGCGCUGUGUGUCUGCUCUCGGGGAACUGUCAUCAUUGACAAUAAGCGCUACCUCUUCAUCCAGAAACUGGGGGAGGGUGGGUUCAGCUAUGUGGACCUAGUGGAGGGGUUGCAUGAUGGACACUUCUACGCCCUGAAGCGGAUCCUGUGUCACGAGCAGCAGGAUCGGGAGGAGGCCCAACGAGAAGCAGACAUGCAUCGCCUCUUCCAUCACCCCAACAUCCUUCGCCUUGUGGCUUCUUGUCUGAGGGAGCGGGGCACUAAACAUGAGGCCUGGUUGCUGCUGCCCUUCUUCAAGAGGGGUACGCUGUGGAACGAGAUAGAAAGGUUGAAGGACAAAGGCAACUUCUUGACUGAAGAUCAAAUCCUUCAGCUGCUGCUGGGUAUCUGCAGAGGCCUUGAGGCCAUUCAUGCCAGAGGUUUCGCCCACAGGGACCUGAAGCCCACUAAUAUCUUGCUUGGAGAUGACGGGCAGCCGGUUUUAAUGGACUUGGGUUCCAUGAAUCAAGCUUGCAUCCACGUGGAGGGCUCCCGCCAGGCUCUGACCCUGCAGCUGUUCCAGGACUGGGCAGCCCAGCGAUGCACCAUUUCCUACCGGGCCCCGGAGCUCUUCUCCGUGCAGAGCCACUGUGUCAUCGACGAGCGGACUGACGUCUGGUCCCUAGGCUGCGUGCUAUAUGCCAUGAUGUUUGGGGAAGGCCCAUAUGACAUGGUGUUCCAGAAGGGUGACAGUGUGGCCCUUGCUGUGCAGAACCAACUCAGCAUCCCGCAGAGCCCCAGGCAUUCUUCGGCCUUGCGGCAGCUGCUCACCUCAAUGAUGACUGUAGACCCCCAGCAGCGCCCUCCCAUUUCUGUCCUCCUCAGUCAGUUGGAGGCACUUCAGCCCCCAGCUUCGGGCCAGCACAGCACCCAGAUCUGAACGAACCAGUGGCCACGUUGAGAAGGUGGUCCCUGUGCCUUGGAAGGAGGCUCCCGUCCCUCAUUAGAAUCUCCGUCCAGUCUCUCCAGGACUGCUGUCUUGUCAUUGGGGGCAGGUGGAUGGAGACAGUCAACUCAGUCUUAUUUCUCUGCUUCUGUUCUCUUAUCUCCCAAGAGCAACAACUGGACAGAGGGACUGACUGAGUUGGGGUGGACGAGGGUGGGAGAUGGGGAAAGGGAAACUGAAAGAACCUAGAAAGGCUCUGAGCAGGACUGCUGAGCUUACAUCAUGGUCUGCCUUCACAUCUGGGAGCAGGAGAAUGUAUAAAUAGAAGAAUAAAGUGAAAGCAGCUUGGUGUA